AUGGAGAGGCUGAGGGGGCUGCUGGUGCUGGGAGCGGCAGUGCUGCUGGGAGCAGAGUGCAAAGUCCCUCUGGAGCCACCCACGUUUGGGGACAUCUACCAUGUCACAGGAGUCAUCAGCCUGCCCUAUGCUGAGAUCAGGGAGCCCUUUGAGGCCUGGUACAACCUCACCGGGGGCAAGAGCCGCAUCGAGUACUAUGGUGGCCAAGUGGUCACCUACCAGUUGGGCUCCAUCGAGCCCUUUGGUGCCAGCUUCAAGGUGACACCCGAGACCACGGAGACCGAGGUCAACAUCCGCAAGUGCUUCCGCAUCAACGGCACCGACAGCGACCUCAUCACCCCCCAGAGCGUCCUCCCCAACCUGGAGAGCUUCAAGCCCGUGCGGCGGGAGCGUUUCCGCGGGCAGCCCUGCGCCGUCUGGCAGAACGUCUCGUACUGGGGCCGCAAGAAGAACGUGUACACGCUGCGGGUGGGCAGCUCUGCCCGCGGGCCCCUGCCCCUGCACUACGAGGUGCGUGGCUUCAACAGCCUCCUGGGCUCCCACUAUGACAAGUACGAGAUCGACUAUUCCUCCUUCAGCCACCGCUUCCCCAGCAGCAUCUUCCAGCUCCCGGAGGGGGUACGGUGUGAGCAGUGGCCUGCGGGCAGCCCCGAGCACCGCAUCCUGGCCAACCCCAUGCAGGAGUUUGUGGGGAGGGCACCAGAGACAGACAGGAUCCACCAUCACCUCUUCCAUCGCUACAAGGAACAGUUUGGGAAGAGCUACAGCAGUGAGGAGGAGCACGAGCACCGCAAGCACAUCUUCAUCCAUAACAUGCGGUUUGUGCACUCCAGGAACCGUGCUGCCCUCUCCUACACGCUGGCUCUGAACCCUCUGGCCGACCGCACAGCCCAGGAACUGGCAGCCCUGCGGGGCCGGCGCCGGAGCACGGCUCCCAACCACGGGCAGCCCUUCCCCAGCCGGCUCUACAGCGGCCUCAUCCUGCCCGAGAGCCUCGACUGGCGGCUCUAUGGUGCUGUGACCCCCGUGAAGGACCAGGCUGUGUGCGGGUCCUGCUGGAGCUUUGCCACCACAGGUGCCAUGGAGGGUGCCCUCUUCCUCAAGACUGGUGUGCUGACCCCCCUGUCCCAGCAAGUCCUCAUUGACUGCUCCUGGGGCUUUGGGAACUACGCCUGUGACGGGGGUGAGGAGUGGAGAGCCUACGAGUGGAUCAAGAAACACGGUGGCAUCGCCAGCACCGAGUCCUACGGGCCCUACAAGGGGCAGAACGGCUUGUGCCACUACAACCAGUCUGAGAUGCUGGCCAAGAUCACAGGCUACGUCAAUGUCACCUCAGGCAACAUCACAGCCCUCAAAGCUGCCAUCUACAAGCACGGCCCCGUGGCUGUCAGCAUUGAUGCCUCCCACAAGUCCUUCUCCUUCUACUCCAAUGGCAUCUACUACGAGCCCAAGUGUGAUAACGAGCCUGGGACGCUGGACCACGCUGUGCUGGCCGUGGGCUACGGGGUCCUGCAGGGAGAGACAUACUGGCUCAUCAAGAACUCCUGGUCCACAUACUGGGGCAAUGAUGGCUACAUCCUCAUGGCCAUGAAGGACAACAACUGUGGUGUGGCCACUGAAGCCACCUACCCCACGCUGGCCUGAGUCUCCAGGCUCUGCAGGGAGAGCCCUCGGGGGUGCUCAGUGUGCUCC